CUGAGUCAGACGCAGGAGAUGUUGAAGGAUCAAUUAUCCCUCGACCAGCCACUGCAUUCCAGUACGGAUUGAUCAAAAGAUAAUCAAGUGUCAAGAAAUCUCGAGAAGAAAACAGACUGCGCACUUGGCGGGUGCGCCCAACUCGAGUGGCCUCGAACCCGCGAAUGCCAAACGGGCCCACCUGAGCGGCCUGACUGACCGCGGAGGAGAACAAUGGCUUCUGCGGCAUCCAUGGCAGUUGUCAUCUCCAUUCAUGACCAAGAACAAUCACAACGACAGUUCCUCGCCCAUUAAAGAGUAGUCCUACAAUCCAUGCCGAUCGUCGUCGCCGCCGCUGGGAAGCCGCGUCGCAAAGUUCGUUUCUCCUCCAACCAAACUUCCAGCAAAAGCGCCAGGUCGAGUAGCCGUCAGCCAUCGGCGCCUACUGCAAAGAAACACACCAUGUAUGAACCCCAGGCCCAUCCGGGGGUGCCUGCGUUGUAUCAGGAGUUGCCACGACUUCUGGAUGCCUUGUGUACGGAGACUUCUGAGCUGCAGCAUGAAACCGUCGAGAAAUGUCUGCCUUUUUUGAAGGGCAUCCACACCAGCCAGGCCGGUCCCUUUAACCGAUACGGGGUGCCAUCGCUAAAGCAAGAUGACCACAUUGGUUAUCUCUACGACUCGCUGGAAGAGUAUCCCGCGGGCUUCGCGGGCAUGGAUGCUAGCCGGCCCUGGAUGGUCUACUGGGCGCUAGCAGGAUUAUGUUUGCUAGGAGAAGAUGUCACCAGAUUUCGUGAACGUGUCAUUUCUACGUUUUCGCGCAUGCAGAAUCCUACCGGAGGACUGGGCGGAGGGCACGGGCAACUGUCCCACUGCGCGUCGGGUUAUGCGGCAGUACUUUCUCUGGCGAUGGUCGGAGGCGAAGAGGCAUUCAACCUGAUCGAUCGGGAUGCGAUGUGGAGAUGGUUGGGAAAAUUGAAACAGCCCGACGGUGGCUUUCGGGUCUGCGUGGGCGGGGAAGAAGACGUGCGAGGCGCCUACUGCUCGAUGGUGAUCAUCGCGUUGCUGGAUUUGCCACUGGCUUUGCCCCCGGAUGCCGAAGCGCGGCAACACGGUUUGGAAACCUUUGCCAGUGGCCUCCCGGAGUAUCUUUCGCGAUGCCAAACAUUCGAGGGUGGUAUCUCCGGCAGCCCCGGCGCUGAGGCACAUGGCGCCUAUGCAUUUUGUGCUUUGGCAUGCCUGUGCCUUCUGGGCCAACCAGAAGUGACGGUGUCCAGGUGCAUGGAUGUUCCUUUGCUCCUGUCCUGGCUUUCUGCGCGCCAAUACGCCCCCGAGGGAGGGUUCUCGGGACGGACCAAUAAACUGGUCGAUGGAUGCUAUAGCCACUGGGUGGGCAGCUGCUGGCCAUUGCUCCAGUCCGCGCUGGACGGGGUCCAGUCCGCUGCAGACCCGCGGGCCACGGCGGGCAAUCUCUACAGCCGUGAAGGAUUGACCCGAUAUAUCCUUGGUUGUUGUCAGUCCAAGCAUGGGGGGCUCCGUGAUAAGCCCGGAAAGCACCCCGAUUCGUAUCACACCUGCUACACGCUGACGGGCUUGAGCACGGCCCAGCAUCGUCAUUACCAUACGACGUCCAGUGCGAGUUCCAAUGAGGUGUUUGCGUCGGCGUUUUCCUGGAAAUGGAGGGCGAUCCCGGCCUCGGAGGAUGUGGCCUCCGACCAGAAUGUAUUCGACGAGAAGGACCGCUUGAGGGCGUCUCACCCGAUCUUUGUGAUUCCGCAUGCGGCCGCCGAGAGCAUGCAUGUAUGGUGUCAACGACACCCAGUGAGGACGGAGUAGAUUGAGCCAAGACCGGGGGAAUAAAAGCACUUUUGUACAGUACGACGCAUGUAAUGAUGCUAGUUACACUGUAGAUGGCAUGCCACGCGCUGAAGCAGGAUGAUUUUAGUGUGAGGAUUCGGUGAGUGGCGUUGAGGGAUGGGGUGAUUGACUUGGUGCGACAUGACACUCGGCGGAUUCUCUGCUGUCCUCGACUUCGCUAAUUCUAAACUCUUUGAUACGGCUGGCGAUUACUGAUCGGGAUACUGACAUCCGCUUCCCCAGCCGAAGGGACUGGUAAGAAUGGAGAAUAAGAC